ACCACAGACCAUCCCAGCACUACCUACUCCUCCACUUCAUCAUCCAUUUCAUCAUCGCCACUGACCUCCUCCCAGCUGUCCUUGUCGCCAUCGACUGCAUCCUCACACCCGCUAGCCGCCGCUGCUGCUGCCGCUGGUGGUGGUGUGGGCUGCUGGGUCGAUGGUGUGGGCUGCUGGGUCGAUGCUGGCGCUGGUGUUGCUGGUGGUGGUGUGGUGGACUGCUGGAGUGCGGCCCCCAGCUGCUGCCAUGUGAACUGGCAGUCGGCAUCCCCCAGGUGGGUGUUGAAGCCCUUGACCACCACACCCUGCACCCCCCACUUGGCCGCCUCGUCCAAAACGGCCCGAUGUACCACCUCACGCAAACCGACACGACCACGAGUGUGCACCGCCUCAGACGGACGGCUGUCGACACCCUCGAGCAUGAAGCACUGCAGCUGCGGCACCGUCACCUUGAAACGCUUGUCGCCCUGCUGCUCAUACCUCGUUCCGCCCACCACCUCCCUGUUGCUGCUGGCCUGGUACACUGCCGACUUGACAAAGUGCUCCGCUGCCGCACACACACGGCGGGCCAUGUCGGUGUGCCGCACACCGAUAGCCUCACUGAUGGCCUCCUGGGCGGCAUUCAUGUCGAAGAGGUAUGACGCGAUGCGCCAGCCGAAGAUGGCGGCCUCCUGCGGGCCGACGACCAGCCGGGGGAUCAGGAGGGCAGCGAGGGAGCGGUGGGGGGCGAGGGCGGCGUUGACGGCCGCCAUGACGCCAGCGGGCAGCUCGUUGAGCACCGUGGCGUACUCAGUGAGCACCAACUGGCGCUGAUGGCGGUCCUCCUCUGUGUCUGUGGGGGUGCUGCUGAUGUCGGCCCCCGCCCUCAGCAGGCUGUGGAUGGUCAGCUUGAGGUUGUCAAUCUUGGCUCGAUGCCGUUCCUUGUCGGCCUCGGGUGUGUUGGGGUGCUGCAGCCGUUGGAUGUUGUGAUCGAGCUCCUCGGCAGCCUUGGCGAGGGGCGUCUGACCUUGGUUGUCCCGUCUGUUGACCUGGUCAGCGGGCAGCUUGCGGCAAAGGUAGUCGGCCACCUUGGGAGAGCCCCACUCUGCUGCCCAGCGCAGUAGCGUCCAUCCGUUGCCGUCGGCUGCCGUCAUGUCGGCUCCGAGCUGCGUGAUGAGAUCCAGGUAGCCGACGAUGAAGGACUGGGGGUAGUGGCCGCGUGCGUUCAUGGCUGCGUGGUGCACCAAGUUGGUGCCCCAGACGUCUCGUUCGGUGGCGAGUGUGGGGUCUCGUUCGAUGAGUCGCCGAUACAUCGACAUGAGCAGCCGCAGGUACUCGGUGGGAGGCUGACGCAGGGGACGGGGCAGCUCCAUCACCAUGGGUGCGUCUGGUGGGCGCAGGUCGACAUCUUGACGAGGAGCCGUCAGGGUGUCGAAGGCCGUCUGAUUGCCGGAUGCAAUCGCCAAGUGAAGGGGCGUCUGUUCGGUCUCGUCGGCUGCCGCAUUGGGGUCGGCGCCCCCGUCGAGGGGUGUGGCAAUGAUUGCCCUCUGCAACUCGUCCGACGACCAGUGGGGCAAGGCGACGGGACGGCAAGCAUCAUCGGCUUCGGCUUGGAUGGUCUUGACGGUGUAGUCCGACUUGUUGUCGAUGGCGAGAUGGACCAGCGAGGAGAGAUCGCCACGAUGCUUGCUGCCCUUCUGCCGCAGCAUCGGCCCGACAUUCGGGUCGGCACCCUGCUCGAUGAGGUCGGUCACGUGCUGCGGGGCGGAGAUGGUGCGGCCGAUGACGCCCAAUCCCAGCUCCUUGGUGGUCUCGUUGGUGCCGAGAGGGAAGCGGGCCUCGAUCUCAUUGACGCCCAAGAAGCCGGACGGCACGUCGACCGAGGUGAUUGGCACCACCGAGUGACCUACAACACACACAGCCAUCAGACGACGCACACUGAGAAGGAAUGCAUGUAUGGGCCCGCACCUCGCCCCCUCCCUCUCAUGUGUCAGUCUGUCUGGCGUACCAUCGUCCUCAUAGCCAUCGUCAUGACCGUCGCUGCCUGACUCACUGCCGUCGUCCCCCUCACUGUCCCCGUCGUCAUCGUCUUGGUCUAAGUCUUCGUCCAGCAUCCCUCCGUCGUCACUGUCGUCCUGCACACAUGUGUGACCGCCCUGACACAGCGACACGAGGCAACGGGAGAACAGCCAAGUGACGAGCGUCACAUGGACGGACGCUGUGUUCGCGAAUGAAUGCCUCACCGAUUCGCUCCCAUUGGCCAUCACACCGCCACCCCCCUCCUCAUUGUCCUCAUCUGAACACAAUCAACCACAGGCACACACAUCGACCCAAAUCAACUGCUGCAGCGUUCGGUGCUUACCGUCAGGCUCGUCACCGUCAGGCUCGUCCAUCGGGGGCUCCGCGGCGACCUCCUGCUGCUGCUGAGCUGCUGCUUGUCGUGCGGCCAUGAGUGGGGCUCGGUGUGCACACAGAGAGAUAGUCCUGCUACCUCUUCGACGACCUGACAGUGACACGCACACAAGGAGGAAUGAGGGCCCUUCCUCCACCGAGGACGCUCUUGCUCUUUUCCGCCUGCCCACGUACCCUCUUGUGUCCUGUCCUCUUCGGACGGGCCCUCACCUCACACAGAUAAUAACUUUAGCAGAUCUGCCGCCCUGGACUCACGAAUCACGAUGAGACGGAAGCUGGGGGACGCCCGUGGCGUAUUGAGGUCGCCUGGGCUCCACUGGCG